GAAGGAAGAAGUCUAUCCCUUCCAUUUCUCACAAAAAUCCAAUCUUUCUUUCGUAAACAUGGCUACUGCAUCUGCAACAAUGGCUGCCAUCUUUUCUUUCCGCCACACGCCGCUUGCUCCGCACAGCGCAAAAGUCCCAUCUACACCGUUAAUCAAGAAACGCGCCUUUACCCUUAAUCUCAGUUCCUCCCGCUCCAUUUGCGGCCUCCGCCCCCUCGUUCUCACCAAAAUUGUCAAUACCUCCACGGAAGUUCGAAGAAUUCCACAACCGCUCACGCUGGUGUGCGCGAAAGGCUACAAAAUGAAGACCCACAAGGCUUCGGCUAAGCGGUUUCGCGUGACGGGGAGCGGGAAGAUAAUGAGGAGGCGAGCAGGGAAGCAGCAUUUGCUUAGGAAGAAGAAUACCAAGAGGAGAUUGAGACUCUCUAAAUCGAUCCAAGUUGAUCGCAGCGACUACGACAACGUGAUAGGAGCCUUGCCGUAUUUGAAAGUAAACCGAGCCAACUGAAGCUGAUGGAUAUUGCCACUUGUAGAGAGCUUCUUGUUUCAGUGCACUCUUCAAAGUAGCCUUCGCCUUUUGCCAAUUGAAAAUUUUUCUGUAUCAUUUGUAAAUUUGUUAAGAGCAUCACUUUUUAGCUUUUAAUUGUUUGCUGAGACUAUAGUUUUUUUGUGGAAUGACACGAGAUGUAAUAAAAUGAAUCAAGAUUAAAUCCUCA